AAAAAAAUGAAUAAAGAUGCACAGAUGAGGGCAACCAUUAACCAAAAACUAAUAGAAACGGGAGAGCGAGAACGCCUUAAAGAAUUGCUGAGAGCCAAAUUAAUUGAAUGUGGAUGGAAAGACCAGUUAAAGGCACACUGUAAAGAUGUCAUCAAAGAGAAAGGACUAGAACAUGUGACUGUUGACGAUCUGGUGGCAGAAAUCACUCCAAAAGGCAGAGCUUUGGUACCUGACAGCGUCAAGAAAGAGCUUUUACAAAGAAUAAGAACGUUCCUUGCUCAGCACGCUAGCCUUUGAUUCUUCCAUUGAGUCUUACCAAGUGAAUCAUGCCAGAAACUGGAAGACA